AUGUCAAGCUCAGCAAAUAUCCAACCUUUACACAGAAACCCAGCUCCUUCUCAAGGAAAUUUACAAAGAAAAUUGUUCCAACGUAAUUUUGGAGGUGCUCAAGGUGCUUUUGCUUCACCAACUGAUAACAUGCUUUCACCAUGUUCACAAAAGUUAAAUGCUCACAAAAACCGUUUCUUUGCAAACACCAAAGCUACCAAAUUAAACUUCUCCAACCUUGAAGAUGAUAAAUAA